UAUGUUGAUAGAUUAUUUGACCUCGAUCCUCAGAAAGUCCUGCAAGGUGUCAUAGAUAUGAAAAAUGCUGUAAUUGGAAACAACAAACAAAAAGCCAACUUGAUUGUUUUGGGAGCAGUUCCAAGGUUGCUGUAUUUACUUCAGCAAGAAACCUCCAGCACAGAACUGAGAACAGAAUGCGCAGUGGUCCUCGGAAGCCUUGCAAUGGGUACAGAGAAUAAUGUCAAAUCCCUCCUAGACUGCCAUAUUAUCCCAGCCUUAUUGCAAGGAUUACUGUCGCCAGAUUUGAAGUUUAUUGAAGGUUGCCUGCGAUGUCUCCGUACUAUUUUCAUCAGCCCUGUAACUCCAGAGGAUCUACUAUACACAGAUGCUACCGUUAUCUCCCACCUUAUGGCACUGCUCAGUAGGUCUCGAUAUACACAAGAAUACAUAUGUCAGAUCUUCUCACAUUGCUGCAAAGGUCCAGAUCACCAGACAAUCUUAUUUAACCACGGAGCUGUUCAGAAUAUCGCACAUCUGUUAGUCUCCACCUCCUACAAAGUUCGAAUGCAAGCAUUGAAAUGCUUCUCAGUUCUAGCCUUUGAAAACCCCCAGGUAUCAAUGACUCUUGUAAAUGUGUCGGUUGAUGGAGAAUUGUUACCGCAAAUUUUCGUGAAGAUGUUACAAAGGGACAAGCCUAUUGAAAUGCAGCUCACAUCAGCCAAAUGCCUUACUUCCAUGUGCAGAGCUGGAGCAAUACGGACGGAUGAUUCUUGCAUCGUUCUUAAGACUCUGCCAUGUUUGGUUCGAAUGUGUAGUAAGGAAAGACUGCUGGAGGAGCGAGUAGAAGGAGCAGAAACGCUGGCCUAUUUGAUUGAAACAGAUGUGGAGCUCCAGAGAAUUGCCAGCAUUACCGACCACCUCAUUGUCAUGCUUGCUGACUACUUCAAGUAUCCCAGCUCAGUGAGUGCAAUCACUGAUAUCAAGAGGCUUGACCAUGAUUUGAAGCACGCCCAUGAACUGCGCCAAGCUGCUUUCAAGCUCUAUGCUUCCCUGGGAGCAAAUGAUGAAGAUAUCCGAAAAAAGAUCAUUGAAACUGAAAAUAUGAUGGACCGUAUUGUCAAUGGCUUGUCUGAAUCUAGUAUCAAGGUGCGAUUAGCUGCAGUCAGAUGUUUGCACAGUUUGUCCCGUUCUGUACAGCAGCUCAGGACAAGUUUUCAGGAUCAUGCUGUAUGGAAACCUUUAAUGAAGGUUUUACAGAAUGCUCCAAAUGAAAUUCUUGUAGUAGCAUCUUCCACGCUAUGCAAUCUUCUUCUGGAAUUCUCUCCAAGCAAGGAGCCUAUUUUAGAAUCAGGAGCCAUAGAACUUCUAUGUAGUUUAACACAGAGUGAAAAUCUUGCCUUGCGAGUGAAUGGCAUUUGGGCUUUAAUGAAUAUGGCAUUUCAAGCAGAACAGAAGAUCAAAUCAGACAUCUUACGAGGUCUGAGUACAGAGCAGUUAUUCCAGUUGCUUUCUGAUUCUGAUGUAAAUGUUCUAAUGAAAACUUUGGGACUGCUCAGGAAUCUUCUGUCGACUCGCCCACACAUAGACCAUAUAAUGAGCACUCAUGGGAAGCAAAUCAUGCAAGCAGUGACCCUCAUUCUGGAAGGGGAGCACAAUAUAGAAGUCAAAGAGCAGACAUUAUGUAUACUUGCCAAUAUAGCAGAUGGAACAACAGCAAAAGAGCUGAUUAUGACCAAUGAUGACAUCCUGCAGAAAAUCAAAUACUACAUGAGUCAUUCAAAUGCUAAACUUCAGCUUGCUGCCAUGUUCUGUAUAUCUAAUCUCAUAUGGAAUGAAGAAGAAGGUUCACAAGAACGCCAAGAUAAACUACGAGACAUGGGCAUAGUAGAUAUUCUACAUAAAUUGAGUCAGUCAUCAGAUCCAAAUCUGUGUGACAAGGCGAAGACAGCACUCCAGCAGUAUCUUGCAUGAUCAAAGACUAAUUGAAUCUAUGGACACCCCUCAUGUCUACUUAAGGAAUAGCAGGAGAUAUUCCUGACUCCUUAUAUUUGCACAAGUCACCUUGGGCUGCAUUUUUCUCAGGUGCAGGGAGCUGCUUUGCAGAAACAGUUUAAAUGAUCAGGUCUCCAGUGCACUUGAGAAUUUUCUUGAGGUAGUUUCUUUACUCAGAGGACUCUUGGGGGGUUGUUUUGGUUUUUGGGGGUUUUUUUCCUGAGCUACCUGGACUUUCGGAUAGAACAAUCAGUCAUCAUUCUCCUUUUGGGCCUACAAUUUUCUGCUUUUGCUGCAGCCUGCAUGUGUGGAUGUGUGUGGGUGUGCUCGAGUGUGUGGGUGUGCUUGGGUGAAUGUGUGUGGGUGUGAUACCUCAAUUUUGUUUUUUCUUUUUUGUGUGUGUGAAAAUCUUUUUCUACAGGUUUUCAAGGGUUAACCAUUGUUUGCUGUACGAAUACUUCAAUGAAUUAUAUACAGUUUGAAUGAAAUGUUAUUUAAAAAAAAAACCAAACUGUUGUAUCCCAUAAAGUUUAUUUUGAAUUUUGAAGAGAUGAAUGUUUUUAAGUAAAAUAUAUGCAUUUCUGAACUUCA